UCGAUCGUUCAGUUUUGGGUAAAGGAGAUGGCGCUGUCUCGCCGCAUGGCCGCACCCGUCCUCUUCGUCGUCGUCCUCCUCGUCGUCGCCGCCACAGAGACGGUGACUGCGAGGGUGGUCGCAGAUGAGACGCACUGCCUGUCGCAGAGCCACACGUUCAAGGGCAUGUGCUUCAGCAGCGAGAACUGCGCCAGCGUGUGCAAGUCUGAGAACUUCCCCAGCGGCGAGUGCAAGAUGCACGGCGCCACCAGGAAGUGCUUCUGCAAGGUGGUCUGCUAGUGCACGCACGCCGCCCAUCUCUGCCGCCGGAACGGCAAGCAGCCAUGUCGAUUACGUUAUUUGUUCUCGUCCGUGAGGCCCGGCCAGCAGGAUAUCCGGGGUGUUCGUCCGUGCUGGCUGGGACACUUUCCUUCUUUGUCCAUGAAGAAAUUUACAAUAUAUAAUC